CUGAACGCGAGCCUCCUGGCGGCGCUGACGCCGCCGGACGCGGUGCGCCGGAACCCGGGCCUGACGUUGGUGGAGCGACUGCGAGCGCGCGACUUCGCGGGUAUCGAGGGGCUGGUGCGGGGGCUGUUCGCGAGCAUUCCCUACGAGUGGCACACGCGCAACGAGAUCGCGCGUUACGAGGGCUACUACGCCAGCGUGUUCUACGCUUGGCUGGCGGCGGUGGGGCUGGACGUGACCGUGGAGGACAGCAGCAGUCGCGGGCGGGCGGACUUGGCGGUGCGCUUCGCCGGCGACGUGUUCCUGUUCGAGUUCAAGGUCGUGGAGCAGGCGGCCGAAGGCACGGCGCUGGCGCAGUUGCAGGCGCGGGGCUACGCGGAGAAACACCGCCCCGAGGCGGCCGACGUGUACCUGAUCGGGGUGGAGUUCAGCCGCGAGCAGCGCAACGUGGUCGCGUUCGAGACGGCGAGCGGUUGA